AUGCGUCUCUAUUGUCUCUCAGAUGAUCCCAAUUUGCCCUGUUUCAUUCUCACCGUCAACGGUCGCUCCAUACUAUUCGACUUUCCACUACCGAUGGAUCAUCUACUUGAUUAUCUACCUGUUCCAUCACCAGGUUGUUUCAAUCGAUUUUCAUCAUUACCAAAAUAUACACUAUUAUCACAUAAUAAAGAAAACAAUCUUCCACAACAGAUCGAUGAGCUACGCAUCUUGCACAAUCAAGUAUAUGUUUCAUCUCCCAUUGAGUUUUAUACAUUAGAUUCUAGUCAAUACGAUUUCUCAUUAAUCGAUAUCAUUCUCAUUUCGAACUACGAGACGUUGCUGGGUUUACCCUACUUAUUUAAGAAAUAUGAACAUUUAAACGCUCAAAUCUAUUUAACUGAACCGACUUAUCGCUUUGGUCAACAGUUAAUGUACGAAUUAGUCAACUACGUUGAGCAACAAUCAAAAAUGAUCCAAGUUAAUAAUCAAUGGAGAUCUGAUUUAGAAAUCUUCGAUGCAAUCGAAGGACAACAGAAUGAGAAGAAAUUAAAAAUUCUAGCGUAUGCACAAAAACUAAUGCCGUGUUAUUCUAUCGAAGACGUUGACAAAUGUCUCAGUCGUGCAACUGUAGUACAUUUCAAUGAACAAAUCGAUUUAUAUAGCUCAAUACGAGCAAGUGCAAUCAGUUCAGGAUACUGUCUAGGCAGUUGUAAUUGGCAACUGGAUAUCAAUGUGAAUCAUAAUCAAACAUCGAAAAUAGAAGGUUCGUCAUCUCAGACUAAUCUCGCACGUUUUAUCUACAUGUCGUCGAGUACAACUUUGGAAACGCAUUCUUCGAAAUUUAUGUACGAUUCAUUUCUCAAUUGUGAUUAUUUACUUCUUUCGAAUCUGUCUCGUCUAUCAUCUGUUGAUCCGAGCGUUAACGCCAGUGAAUUGACCAGUAAAAUCGAAACUAUUCUCAAUGAUCACGGCAGUGUUUUACUUCCUUGUUCAUCGACUGGUCUUAUCUACGAUAUGUUUGAAUUUUUGACGAAAUUUUUCGAACAAAUCAACCUUUUAAGUAUUCACAUGUAUUUCAUCUCACCGAUUAGUAAUGCUAAUCUUUCGAUUUCGAAUGCCAUGUCGGAAUGGGUGUCCGAGCAACGGCAGACAGCGUCAUUUAGUGGCACACCGCCAUUUAAACAUAAUGAAUUAAUCAAAACAAAGUGUUUAAUCACAAUUCCAUCCGAUCGCCUAGAUGAUACGGAAAAUUUGAAUAGUUUCGAACAACGAUGCGUGAUUUUCACUGGACAUACAUCAUUACGCUUUGGUCCAGUCGUUCAAUUAAUUGAAAAACUGAAAAGUUCGUCAUCUAAUGGCAUUAUUUUUGUUGAUAAUCAAUUUUCUUACAUCGAAGCAAUGAAACCAUUCCAACCGAUGAACAUGAAAUGUUUCUAUUUACCCAUUGAGACGCGUUUGAAUUUUUCUCAAGCAAAUAUUCUAUUAAAUGACAAAAUCCGACCUAAAUCAGUCAUUUUACAUGAACGAUACGCGAAUGAGAUCAACAAAAACGACAAAAUGAAUCUUCUAACCUAUCGAAAGUAUGAUAAUCUCAAAUUACCCAAAGCGAACCGUUCUUUUAUCAAUGGCCAGUUGAAUAUCACAGGCGAAAUGAAGUCCAAAUACAUUCCAUCGGCAAAUCUAGCCAUCGCUAGUGUUCAUGGCCAUUUAGACAUGUGCGAUUAUGUGUACGAGAUCAAUGAACUAAAUGAUGAGAAUGGAAAAGAGAAGAAUUUGAUUACCUAUGGAAAAAUCGAUAUUGACAAAUUCUUAAUCAAUCUUUCUAAAAGCGGAUUAUUUGGUUUAGAAGUGAAGCAACUUCCAGGCUAUGAUGAUCUUGACGAUGAUGUCGUUGGCAAUGAUCAAUCGAAUCGGUCGGUGGAGAUCAAAUAUAAUCACGGUGCAGCAAAGAUUCUCCUUCGACUAAAACAAACAGAUAUCGAAUGUAAUGAUCCAGUGCUAAUGACGAAAAUUCGAGAUGCUUUAUUAAUGGAUAAUAUUGGAACAUUGUGA